CGGCUGCGGCGACGGGGGCGGGCGCAGGCAGGAGGCCGCCUCCGCACACGCGGAGCCGGGGCGGGCGCAGGCAGGAGGCCGCCUUCGCACACGCGGAGCCGGGGCGGGCCCGCGCUGCUCGGUCCCGCUGCCGCCGCCGCCGCCUCCUCCUCCUUCCCCUUCCCCUUCCCCGCGGUGCUGGCGCCUGGCCCGUCCUCCUGUGCCGGCGUGCGGUGUCUCAGAGGAUUUCACUGUGCCGAGUGGUGUUUUGUUCGCCAUGUGGAGACAUUCACAAGCUGUCUAGAAGCCUUUUCCAUGUCAAUGCUUUAUAACCCAGGCUCCGUAAAUUUGGGUACAUAGAAGAAGAAUCUGGAAAUGAUGAUCUGAAGGUACUAGCUCUGCUGACACAAAGGUGGCAGCUCAGGUUGUCAAGGAAGAGUCAGAGCUCUGCUCCACCAGUGGUGCAGAGUCCUUGGAGUGAAGAGACUAUGUAUUGAUAUUGCUCUUAAACAGACAGGAAAUAAGCCAUUCUUCUUGCUUCUCAGGGCUUUCUAUCCUACACUGUGCCUUAAACAUGGAAACUGUAGAAAUGAAUAGUGUAUCCUUGAAACGUCCUCACUCUGAGGAUGAUGUGGCUAAUGCAGACGAAAUUAAAAGACAGAAGACCUCAGAGGAGUCUAAGACAGGGAACGACUCUGGGCAGAGCACUGAGACUGUAACAGAACAACCUGACAAAUCUCUGCUUGAGGACAUGAAAAAUGAAAUAAUCCCCAAUGAGGAAAGUGAGGAGCAGGAAGAUGAGGAACUAGAGGACAGUGAUGAAGAUGGAGAUCCAGAGAGCUUUGCAGACAUGAUGAAGCAUGGACUGACAGAAAGUGAUGUUGGCAUAACUAAAUUUGUUAGCUCUCAUAAAGGGUUUUCUGGAAUCUUAAAAGAGAGAUACUCGGACUUUGUUGUCCAUGAAAUAGGCAAAGAUGGACGUGUGAGCCAUUUAGAUGACUUUUCCGUUCCAGUGGAUGAUGAGGUAAAUUUUGAGGACCCAUCAGAAGAAACAUUUACAGUUUUGUCAGAUGAAGAUAAGCAGCGUUUAGAGGAGCUCCAGCUUCUUAAGAAUAAGGAAACUAGUGUUGCCAUAGAGGUAAUUGAAGACACAAAAGAAAAAAGAACAGUUAUCCACCAGGCUGUGAAGUCUUUGUUUCCUGGACUGGAGACUAAAACAGAAGAUCGAGAUGGAAAAAAAUACAUUAUUGCUUACCAUGCUGCUGGGAAGAAAGCCCUGGCAAAGGUCAGAACUGCAACAGAUCCAAGAAAACACUCUUGGCCAAAAUCUAGGGGAAGCUACUGCCACUUCGUACUGUACAAGGAGAACAAAGAUACUAUGGAUGCCAUUAAUGUCCUAUCCAAAUUUUUAAGAGUGAAGCCAAACAUAUUUUCCUACAUGGGAACUAAAGAUAAAAGGGCUAUAACAGUUCAAGAGAUCGCUGUUCUUAGAAUCACUGCACAAAGACUUGCUCAUUUGAAUAAAUGUUUGAUGAACUUCAAACUAGGAAAUUUCAGUUACAAGAACCAUCCACUGAAAUUAGGAGAACUUCAAGGGAACCAUUUCACUGUUGUUCUCAGAAACAUAACAGGAACUGAUUACCAGAUAGAGCAAGCAAUGCACUCUCUCAGGGAAAUUGGAUUCAUUAAUUACUAUGGAAUGCAAAGAUUUGGAACCACAGCUGUUCCUACAUAUCAAAUUGGCAGAGCUAUUCUACAGAACAAUUGGAACGAAGUAAUGGAUUUGAUACUAAAACCACGACCAGGAGCUGAAAAGGGAUACUUAGUAAAAUGCAGAGAAGAAUGGGCAAAGACUAAAGAUCCAGCAGCAGCCCUCAAGAAACUACCCGUAAAAAGGUGCGUGGAAGGACAGCUUCUACGUGGACUCUUAAAGUAUGGAAUGAAGAACAUAAUCUCUGCAUUUGGCAUAAUACCAAGGAAUAAUCGUUUAAUGUAUAUUCAUAGCUACCAGAGUUAUGUGUGGAAUAAUAUGGUGAGCAAGAGAAUAGAAGAAUAUGGGCUUAGAGCUGUACCAGGAGAUCUCACACUUAAAGGAGCCACAGCUGUUCAUAUUGAAGAAGGAGAUGUUGAUAACUACACUAUCCAUGAUGUAGUGAUGCCAUUGCCUGGAUUUGAUGUUAUUUAUCCAAAGCAUAAAAUUGGUGAGGCCUACAAGGAAAUGUUAGUAGCUGACAGUCUUGAUAUUAACAACAUGAGGCAUAAGAUCAGAGAUUAUUCACUUUCUGGAGCAUAUAGAAAGAUUAUCAUUCGACCUCAGAAUGUCAAUUGGGAGGUUGUUGCAUAUGACGAUCCCAGAAUCCCAUUAUUUACUACAGAUUUGGAUAAGCUGGAAGGAAAGCCAUUACCAGUUCUUCCUACAGAUGGUAAAUUCAGGGCACUAAAGAUGGAAUUCUCUCUUCCCCCAUCCACUUAUGCUACCAUGGCGAUUCGAGAAGUUUUGAAAAUGGACACGAGCAUAAAAAACCAGACACAACUGAAUACUACUUGGUUACGCUGAAUGAACUGCAAAAAAUUACUUAGAUUUGAACAUAUAUAAAGCAUUUUCCUAUUUACCUGUUCUGUACAAAUCUUUAAAGAUUGGUAGUAAGAGAUUUGUAUUUUUUUAAGUUUUUAUUAGUGCUAGCAUUUAACUUCAGUAGUCAUUUGCAAGAUGGUGGCUGUAAAUUAAUAUUGAUCUUAGUGACUGGUGCUUUUUAAUGAAUGAGUAAUUGCUUGAGCUGUAACAUGGGUGCAUCUAAGAAAUGGGCUUAUAAUAGUUUCAGACCUGGAAGAAUGUUUAGCUUGCUUUGGGUUUUUUUGGCAAGCAGUGAAUGUUUUAAUGAGUUCAGCACACCUUUAAGUCUCUUCAGAUACAUUGAACUACAGCUUAGGAAAAUGAGUUACAACAAAAUUAAGAUAUCGAUGAACAUUUAUAUCACAGAGGGUUUUGCUGGUAGCAUUUGCACUGAUGCAGUAGAGGAUUCUGUUAGCAAGGCUUUUUAUGUGCUGUAAAGAUGUACAGCUGUUUUAAGUCAUUGGUCUUUUGAGAAAAUACUUGUGCAUAUUUUCCAGCUUUACUAAUACCUGUACCAAAGAACAGGUACUGAAAAUAAAUUAACCUGAAAGUCUUGA